GAGCAUCCCCAGCCAGCCCUGCUGCCAGUGAGUGAUGGUCAUCGAUCCUGAAGGCCUGGACGUCAGGUAGCCCAUGGCGGGCAGACACUUCCAGUCAAGCCUCAGCCAGUCCAAGAUACUGGAGCUAUGGAGGGACACCAGUGCUCUGAUGGGAGCCUUUGAGGCGGGGGGUCUGCCCACAGUGGCCGCCAGGCUGCAGGCCACACUUCAUUCGCUGGAGAAUGCCAGGCUGGACAUUGGCAUCACUGGGGGCACAGGCUCAGGCAAGUCGACCUUUGUCAAUGCCAUCAGGGGGCUGGGAGACGAGGACCCCAACUCAGCCUGCACGGGCGUGGUGGAAAUGACGGUGGACCCCACGCCAUACCCACACCCUAAGUACCCCAACAUCAUCAUCUGGGACCUGCCGGGCAUAGGCACGUCCUGCUUCCGGACUGGUAGAUACCUCCAGCGGGUGCUGCUGGAACAUUACGACUUCUUCAUCAUCAUCACCUCAGACAGCUUCACUGCCCACCAUGCCCAGCUGGCCUGCGAGAUCCUGCAGCGGGGCAAACGCUUCUACCUCGUCCGCUCCAAGGUGGACGUGGACAUUGCCGCCUCGCGGAGCCGGCGCCCCAGCACCUUCUCCGAGGAGAGAGUGCUCCGCCAGAUCCGGGAAGACUGUGGGCGGCGGCUGAGGGCGGAGGGCCUGAAGGACCCCAAGGUCUUCCUGCUCUCCAUGUUUGAGUUGGGCAAGUACAACUUCCACCUGCUGGAGGAGCUGAUGGUGAAGGAACUGGAGAGUCACAAGCAGCACGCGUUUCUGCUGGCCGUGCCCAACGUCUCGAAGCCCAUCCUAGAGAAGAAGGCAGCCUCGCUGCAGCAGCAUAUCUGGCUGGUGGCCACGGUGGCCUGUGGCGUCAACCCGAGCCCCGUGCCAGGCGUACGGGAUGUGGCAUGUGACCUGUGUGUGCUCAUCAGCUCCCUGGAGGGCUACCACCGCAGCCUCGGCCUCGACGAGGACUCCCUCGUCAGGCUGGCUGAGCAGACAGGCCAGCCCCUGCACAAGAUCCUGGAGGCGGUACAGGGCUGGAAGACCAAGGUCACUGAGGCACUAGUGGUGGAACUACUGGGCCAGGCCUCCAGGGACGCCUCUGCUUUCACCCAGGAGCUCCUCGGCGUGCCCAUCCUAGGCGCCCUGGCCACCUGCGGCAUCAGCUUCGCCACCGUCUACCAGAUGCUCCGCACAGCUCUGGACGAGGUGGUCAAGGAUGCCCAGAGAGUGCUGACCCAGGCCUUCCUCGACGACUCUGACCAUGAGCUCCCAGAUAAAUGCAAUCAAUAAUCCCAGCCCCAAGCUUAGGCCAGCUGGAGGUGGCAGUGUAAGAGUGGGAGGACACAGGUUCCAUCUGUCCCCAGGCUGGAUGGUGUUGAGGAAUGGAAAGAAACUCAAGCUCCAACCCUCUGGCACUGUGUGCGGUCUUGUACUUUUGAGCCCCGGAUCUUAUGCCCUCUCUGGCCAUUGCCCCCACCUUCCCUGACCUGGACGCUCAAAUCAACCAGCAGUCCCCCUGGGAAUCAGAGGGAGGGGGCGGGACACGGGACAGAUAAGGUCUGACAAGGUGGGGAGGAUCUCAGUUGCCUAGCUGAGAGGGCACUUAGGAAGGUGUUUGUGUAGUCAGGGCAGUGGGGCGAGGGGUUCAGAGAGGGCAAGUGAAUGUCUCCGCUCUGAACGGCCUUGAAGAUCGUUAGGGAGUUUCUUGCCUGAGGUCUUCUCGGUCAGCAAGACCUGGGUGUCAUGCCUCCCAGUCCUCAGCCCCUCGCUCUUUAGAGAUCUACAGGGACCCCACUCCUGGCCUCUUGGGUGUUUUCUUCACCACCCCCCCGCCCCGCCCCCAGGAUUCCCACAACAAGGACGCCAGGACUGUAUGGGUACGUCCAAGGGCAGGAGGAAGGCAAGGAGGCCAAAGGGGCAUGGGGUAGUGGGCAGCCAGACUUGGCUGGUGACGGAACCAACCGCGUUAGGGAAGGGUGAGGUGGCGUGAUUCGAAGGUCGGGACUAAUUUGGGAUGGGUGCGGUGGCCAGACCCACUUGGAGACGCACUUAGGGAAACACUAAGCUAGGAGGUAGUGAAUUUAAACCGGGUAGGUGAGGUAGGUACCAUAUUGAAGUGAAUGCUGUACUUAACUGAGGGUAGGUUCUGGACUUACAAGGCAGAGACUACUUUUAAGCAAGAGUAGAUGAGCUCUGUAGGCAAAGGAAGCCACCAUACUUCACCAACUGUGGGCGCUGUGUGUUAAGAGUAACGUACAAGCAUUUGGAUAAGGGUAGAACUUGUUUCAGCUCAGGGUAAGCCCUGUAUUUCACUGUAUUUAACUAAGACACUAUUUUUUAACCAUAUACUGAAUCAGGCAUUGCAUUUAACGAGGCAUUUCACCAAAGGCAGGCACUGUCUUCAACUGACAGCAGGCGACACGGAGGUAGUCACUGCAUUUAGCCAAAGGAGGGCACUGUCUUUUCCUAUCCAUGGCACAGAGAUGGGACUUGAUGUCACCGCAGGAAACAGAAUACCCCUUUUUCUAGGGGCUUCCUCCUUAGCAGAGACUGGUCUUCCUCAUCUCCUCACAAUUCUAUGACCUGCAGUGAAAGUGUCCCCAUGGCAAGUUCACUCAGGCUCCAAUGGUGGCUGCAGGUAAUCUGCCCCCUAAAGGCCAGGACCCAAAUCUGCCCUGCUCCCCAGGACAGCAUGCUGGGGAGACGGGAAGAAGAGAAGCACCAGAACAGGCUUGC